AGAGAAAGCAGCAGAGGAGCAGCAGCAGCUAUGAACUUUUUAUUUGGGUCACUGGAUGUAUUCAUGCCAAAAACUUCUUUCUCUGCUCGUUUUAACAGCAGCUAUUGAUUCGUCAUGCGCUCCAGAAGAAAACAAAUGGACUGCUCGUCUUCAAAGUCCACCCACAGCUCGUCCUGUGUGAAACUCUAUCUGUGCUCCAACCCAGAGGAUAGUGUGCUGGAGCGCAGAGCUCUGAGGGAGAGCGUGUUUCCCAAACUUAGAGAGCAUUGUAGACUUGCACUGGGACUGGAUGUCAGGGUGAUAGACCCAUUCGAGUCCAGUGAUCCAGGUCGUUGGCCGGAUGAAAACACCAGACAGCAGCUGAUUAAAGAAUGCAGAGAGAGCUCGGCAGGACCAUUUUUACUGGCUCUGGCAGGACAUAAGUAUGGCACAGCCAGUCUACCUGCCCAGGUGGAGGUGUCAGAGUACCAGUUGCUGCUGCAGGCAGGGCAGCAGGCGGGCAUCAGUACGCAGGAGCUGGAGAGAGUGUACCAGAGGGACGAGAACACCAUACCUCCGUCCUACUGUCUGAGACGCACCUGCUGUCCUCAGCAGGAGGAGGAGAUCAAGAUGAAGGCUGAAGAAAACGAGCUGUUAAAGGUGUUUCAGACCACUGUGAGUCUUUGUGUCCACAACGGCCUCAUGACCCCAGAGAGAGCCCGGAGCUACUACAGAUCAGCCCUCGACGCAGAUCUACGAUUUGCUCUGGACAGCUGUCCUAAUAAUGACAUCGUCAGACGCUGCCUGGUUUACGUCCACAAGGUCAUCAACGCAAAGGGAGAGACAGAGACAGAGCGACAGAUGACUUCACAAGUUCAGCCACAGUCAGAGGUGUGUGAGGGUGCGACCUUUUACCCAAGAACAACACCCAGCGAUGGACAAUUAUUCUCAGAUCUUUGUGACGACUUCCUCCCCGGUCUCAUCACUUCCUCCCGGCUUGUGGUGUACACCAGUGCCACAGAGUGUGACCGUCGUCAUGGUUACACGACAGCCAGGAGGUGGAGCUAUGCUGAGUCCCUGUGCCAGCAGGUGUACUCUGACCUUUUGGAGUUGAUUGACAGCGUGAACAUCUUGGAAACCCGUGAAGACUCUCAGCUCGGUGAGGCGUUGGCCAGAGAGCAGGCCGAGCAGGAACAGCUGUGUGACAUCCUGUCUCGAUUCUAUGACAUCAUCCGGCCAGAAGAGGAAAAGGUUAGAGCCUAUGUGGAGCAGAGGGAACAACAGCACCUAUUAGUGGUGACAGGAGGCCCAUGCACAGGGAAAGCAGUUCUGAUGGCACAUUGUGCUCAGCAGAUAAAGUCUUGGCUACCAGACUGCGAUCCUGUGGUGAUUACUUAUUUUUGCAAUCUGUCAAUCAACCCUUCUCCAAAGCACCUGUUGUUGAGUCUGUGUUACCAGAUUGCUGGUAGAUAUCACAGCAGAUCUUCCUCUCCCAGUGACCUGAAAGAUCCCAGCUGUAUCAAUAACUUUACAGACUAUGAAUCCAGCUGCAGCCCAACAUCUAAUCUGGAUCCUCAUCAUGAGCCCACCACUAAAGAGCGUGACCAAGAACGUCAGACCAUACAAUAUUCAGGGAUCAUAAAACCUGACGUAUGUCUGUCUGAGCUUAAAGAACAUCUCUCAUCCCUCCUCUCCUUCAUGCCUUCUACCAAACGGCCUCUAAUUUUAAUCCUCAAUGGUCUUGAUCUCAUGGAGAACAACUUUGGGCCUCAGAUCAUUGGGAGCCUCCCCUUCCCCCUUCCUCCCAACGUCAAAGUAAUCCUCACAGCCUCCUCCAGCCGAACACAAGUUCUGCAAGCCAUCAACCCACAAAGAAGCACACAUCACCUCGUGUCAGAGGGCAGUGAGAGGGAAUCAGGGUAUGUGUGUGUGCCGCUGGGAUUGGUGGACAGGAAACAGUGUGUGAAGAUGUUGGCGUCUCUGCUGAGCAGUUCAGGGAGGAGAGUGACAUCAGGGCAACAGGCUCUGGUGAACCAGGCGCUGACUUCCUGUUGUCUGGCUCUCUACGCUCGACUCUUGCACCUACACACCUCGCUCUGGCAAUCUGAUUCAGAUGUGACGGAGUCGUCUCUCCACGAUGGCGUCCAUUCGUCCAUUUCUGCACUGCUGGAUCAUCUUGAGCAGAAACAUGGCUCCUCUCUCGUGGCCCAUGCCGUGUCCUACCUCACCCUCUCCAGGACUGGGCUCACUGAAGCUGAGCUCGCCGACUUGCUGUCCAUUGAUGAUGAGGUGCUGUCUAAGUAUGUUCAGCAGGGUGAGAGGCCUUCAUCCACUAUAAGGGUCCCACAAAUCGACGUUGAGAGACUUCUGUUGGAUUUGAGGAGGUUUCUCAUCAGGAGGACAGUUGCAGGGUGGGAUGUUUUGUUCUGGGGCAGCAGGCAUUUCAAGCUGGUGGUGGCUAAGAGGUAUUUAGGCACUCAUGAGGUGAGGAGGGAGAUUCAUUCCGCGAUGGCAGACUAUUUUAGCGGCCGAUGGGCUUGUGGAAAUGCUAAACCACUUGUUGAGAACCAGAAAUCUGGACCAAACAAGGACACUGCCCAAACGGAAAUAUACAUAGACAGGCAGCCAUCUAACCAGCCGUUUUUCUUCACCCACCAAGUGAACUUGAGGAAGGUCUUAGAAUUGCCGCAUCACUUAAACGAAAGUAACAAAUGGAAGGAGUUGGAGUGUGAGCUGUUAAUGUCUUUUGAGUUUCACCGGGCUAUGGUUCAAGGAGGACUCCUUGGAGAUCUGUUAGCCAUGUUGGUGGGUGAGAACGGGUCAUCCCACUCAAGUUAUUCAAGGGAAAGAGCACUAUUUAAGAGCAUAUUGAAGUCUUGUGCUUGCUUACUGCAGAACUCACCCCUGCAGCUGCCCACAGUCAUGGAGACAAACCUCCUCCCUUAUCUGAAGGUCUUUCCUGCACUCAAGGGCUAUGUCAAAAAGAUCAGACAGGAGAGGAGGGAAAGAGGAAGUGGAUUAGGAGUAGUGCUUUGCCCUGCUCCCACCUCUGUUCCUUCUGUUCAGUGCUUAAAAUGUGAUGCCAAUACCAAAGAUGUUUCUGUUAUAGAAGCAGCUGAGACGAAGUAUGGGAUUGUAGCAGAGAUCAUGGACGAUGGCACGGCUUGGUUUUGGAAAGGUUCUGGAUGCGAUGUAGUCAAACUAUCACUGAGCUGUGAGCAGAAGGAGCUGACGUUUGCAGGGGUGAAGAGUAGUGGUAAAUUCAUGUUGCUGUCCACACGAUGCAACAAGCUUUUCUUGUGGGAUGUGACAGGCCCGGAAAUGUUUGUACAGCUUAAGGACCCUUUGGAAACUGAGUCAAGCCAACAAACGGCAAAUACAAUUGCGGGGUUUGUUGCAUGUGAGAAAAAGUUAUUUCUGUGGUGGAAAGAUGAGAGUUUUGUGAGUGUGUUUGAUGUCUCCACCGAGACCUUGACUCAUUUCCAGUGUCAGAGCUGUGUGACCUCUUUGGUUUGCUCCUCUAAUGGCUUUUACAUGUACUGUGGGCAGGAGGACGGGACAGUGUCCAUAUUUGACAUGAACACCAGCAGUUUCCUUGGCACGUGUUCAAACUCACACCACAAUGCGGUUUCCUUGAUGAUCCUCUGUGAAGAUAAGUGGGAACUGGCAUGUGUUAAUAGGGCAGGGAAUGUGACCCUAUGGGACGUGGCAGCCGAAACACAACCGCCCAGACUUGUCAAAGAAAGCUUGACUGGGGAUAAAUCUACUGAUGUCAUCAAUACAGAUUACUCAGACGAAAUCGACACUUUAUUGAUUUGUCAAUCUCACCAGGUCACACUGUGGGACACAUGUGACUGGGAGCUGUGGGAUCGGUUCUUGGCUCCACAUGCAAGGGCGUUCACUCACGCCGUCCUCUCACAAGAUGGCCACCUUUUCCUGGCUUUGUUAGACACAUGUCCCCUUGUCCUGGUGUGGAGCGUCAGCACAGGGGAGUGUGUUCUCUCCUUAGAAACAAACAAGCAGCCUUGUACGCUCCUUAAAAUGCCUUCAGAUAUGAUUUGUGUCACUCAUGAUGGCUGUCUGACAGUGUGGGACUCUGAGACGAUAGACGCUGCAGGUUCAGCUCCGAAAAUGGGAUGCGGAGUGAAAGAAGUGGUGGCUGAACAAACAGGGGAGUGGUUUUACACCGCUGAUGGUUCAGAGACGGUGUGGAAAUGGAGAUUAGAAACAGGACUUCCACAUGCUAACUUUCUACAUGAUGGUCCUGUGGAAAAACUGCGACUUUCUCCAGAUCACAUUCACCUUGUGACACUCUCAGGAGGUGAAAUUUACAUUUGGCAGACAGAAACAGGUCAGAACAUCCUGCGUAUGAGUGGCAGCAGAGCGACAGACAUCCUCAUCACCCCUAAUGGUAAUUUUGGGGUGAGUAUUUCUGAGCGAUGGUUGACUCAGGUUUGGAAGCUGGCACAAGGGAAUAUCGUGUGCAGCAUACACCUGUACCUAUCUGACGCCCAGGUGUCGCCUGAAAGCACCUUCCUUAUUGGCCGCCAACGUGGAGACCUGUUAGCUGCCAGUCUUUGGUCGGGUCUGAUCUGCAAGCGUUUCUCCUGCGUGGCGUGCUCAGAGAAUGUUGUUGCUUUCCACACGCUUUCAGAGCACCCAGACUUUGUGGUGGUGAUGACCGCCUCAGGGGCAGUGUACACCUGGAAAGUAGCAGAGGAGACGGUGUGCAGGCACUUUCAGCUGCCUUAUUCAUUUCACUGUCAGCCACUGUCUGACUUCCAAACAUCCUCUGAUGGGAGCUACGCCCUGCUGUCCACUGAUAAUGAAGCCAUCAACCUCUUGGACUUAUCUCAGGUCAGAGUGUGCUCAUUAAAAGCUGAGGGCCCCAUCAUUAGAGCUUGUUUAGAUAAAACUGGAUGCUACCUUGCCUACAUAUCCCACUUCAUCGCACAGAAGAAAAGAUGUGUCUGUCCCCUGCAUGCGAGGCCCGUCCUCUCAGUUGUACGACUCGAAGACGGGGAAAAAAUAGGAAGCGCGUGUCUGUCUAAGUAUCCGUUGACUCUGGUUGUGUGUAGGCAGUGUGUGUUUGUGGGCUUUGUGGACGGGUCUGUAGGUGUUUAUUCCAUUUCAGAUGUCGCAAACUCUGCUGAGGAGUCAGACAGGUCCAGAGAUUGUUUGAAUGGUGAGUUGAAACAAUGCCCCUUUGACAGAGCACCAUUGAGGUGGUUACCUCUAGCAACCCCAAAUAUCACAUGGACUUAAAAGGGACAUACAUCGUUGUGGGGCUGUGUUUUUGGACAGGCAUAAGGUCAGAACCAUCAAAAAUGUGGAUUGUUUGCAGGAUUAUAAUUUCAAAAUACAUUUUAAAGAACAACACUGCUACCAUGCACGUGUGCGGUGUGCACACAUUUACAUCACAAGCCUCACGACAGCACACUCUUUGACCUCUCUAGUGAAACCAUAACUAAGCUUACAGUUGCCAAUUCAUUAUCAAAUCAUCUAGUGAAUAAAAAGUUUUCACUGGGUGGAAACUUUGCCAAUAUUUUGUCUUUUAAGCAGAAAAAGGGAACAACAUCACAGUACAGUGGAAAUUAUGCCUUCCAUCUGUGAAAAUGUCUUUAGGCUACUGUCUGGAUUCACCUGAGUGAAAGCUGAAAAACACACUGAACAGAAAGCACAUUUUUGUUGCUUAAACUCACUUUUAUUUUUAUUUUUCUAGGGUCUUUAUUGUAUAUAUCAUAAUAAUUUGAUGUUGAAGUAAUAUAAAAGUAACAGAAAGUAAUCAAGCUACUUUAAUAUUGUGAGGCUUAAGUUAUGUUACUGGUAAUUAGUCAUUGUAAUUAGAUUACAUUAAAGUAACCCUCCCAAACUUGCAUAAUAGAUUAUAAAUGCAAUGAUGUGACAAACUGAAAUAUGUAUUGUGUGUGUAUAUGUUUAUAUAUAUAAAAAAAAUAAUAGACUGUUGCUAAGCAGACAACGCCUCUUUCUAGAAACUGCAGUUUCAUCUGGACAGGGUCCAUUAUGAUGAUGAUGAUGAUGAUGAUGACCCAGUUUCAUUUCUGUGAAAACAGAACCAGACUGCUCAGCUUGUUGCCACGUCUGCUGCAUGUAUUGUCAACACAGAGUUCAUCUCGAUCAUUUAUUUGAAAUUAAAUCAUUUUGUAUUUGUAUAAA